CAACUGGCCGGGGCCCCCAUUCAAAGACUGUCCAGCUAGAGCUUGCACGGCCUUCUUCCCCCCUUCUUUGUCACAUAGAACUUGAAGCGCACUGUCUUCUUCCUCAGGUGGGACAGGUCUCCAUGCCUUCUCUCUGCGGUGCUGCUGCCGUGCAAUCCUGGCGGUCUUACCUGGCUGCUCGCAGCUUGCAACACGGCACCAAUUGCAGACAGCUUGCCAAGUGCUGCAGCAGCUUAGAAAACGCUCUCGCUCGCAGCAGCAUCGUGGGCAAGCAGGCAGUAGCUGACUUUCAGCCCCGACUGAUUAACGAGCUAGUUACAGGGCCAGCAAGUAGCUACUUUUCUAGGAGCCUGUUGUCAGAUUGGAAGCAGCCUGCAGUAGGGCCCUAUCAUUUAAGUACAGCUGGUCCUAAUCUAGUCCCUCCAGGUGUGUUGCUCAAUCUCAGAGGUUCUUUACGCGACAGUGGGAGGCGAAGCAGGGAGUACACGACAGCAAUGCCAAGCGAUGCUCAGAUCAGAACCGAUGCUCUUUCCAUCAUUAAGCAGGCAGAAAAGCUGCCAUCACUGGUUGUCUUCGAUCUGGACUACACAAUCUGGCCUUUUUGGUGUGAGGUGAAGACGACCCGGUCUCAACCACGGCUCUACCCCGAAGUUCGAGGCAUCUUCGAAGCUCUCAAAGAGGCGGGCAUACCCAUGGCAGUGGCCAGUCGAACGCCCUCUCCAAACAUCGCAACCGUUUUCCUGGGGAAGCUACAGCUGACGUCACUCUUUGCUCAGCAGGAAAUCUACCCCACCUUCACGCACAAGACGGAGCAUUUCAAGGCGCUUCUCCAAGGGACCAAAGUCCCCUAUGAAGACAUGCUCUUCUUCGACGACGAAGACCGGAACGUUGAUACGAUUUCGCCAAUGGGGGUCAAAUGCGUGUUGGUGGAGGACGGGGUAAAUCUGAGUGCUCUAAGGGAGGGCCUUGCAAAGUUUCAGAAGUCGCGAAAAAGACCUGCCGCCUGACACGUAGUGAGAACCCUCGCGGGGUUUCAAUUGUUCUCGGAGGUGGAGCUGGGGAUUGUUCAGCCAGUCCCGCAACAGUAUGUGAAAGUUCCUGCAGUAACAUGAACGGUACAAUCUGGGUACACCAAUACCGUUUUCGGUCAACUUGCAAAAAUAGGCGGGAAUAUGUCCAACACUCGGUGUUCAAGCAGUUCGAGAUGUGUUGCUCCACCCAUGGGAUAGCUAGUACAAGGAAGCUCUUGGGAACGGGCCUGAGGAAAUCUUAUCAGAUCGGUCACAUUGUGAUCUAUGCAUAUGUCUCAGCGCGUUAAUUUGACUUCUUGCCGCGUUUUAAUGAACAAGUUCGGGUGCAUAGAUCGAAGCCGCAUACUAAAACUGGCAUACAAAAGAAUCUUUAUAAGACUAUCUCCAAAUAUGAUAAAUCUGUAGGACAUGUCUCGAGUUGAACAGGCUGCACUAAAUAAAAUUGCCCGCGCGUACUUGAAUGCAGGAC